CCAUCACUCAGCUAGGAAAGAGAGGGAAGAAUAGGAGGACAAAAAGACCAUUUCUUUGUCUUCCUCUGGAAACUUAUAUUUAUUUCACUCUGUUAAUUCUUGCCAUUUUUGUUUAUUUCAUCGUUUGUUUUAUUAUUUGAAUCAUAAAACCAUAACCCUUUUCUUAUUUCUCUCUAUCUCAGGUCAAAAUUUUCAGCCUUGAAAAUAAUAAAGUUUUUCUAAUCAUACGAUUUGGUUAAGUUUUCCAUUUUAUAUUACGUUUUCUUCAUAGAUCUGUUGUAAUUCAUAUCCGCGAAAUACCCACAUAUUUCUUUCACGUAAAACUCCGAUCCGUUUGGUUUUUCUUGUAAAGAGAGUGGAUUUAUGGACGAAUUUGGCGUUUUAACAGAGCGUUACGGCUUAAAGCCGCUAGGGAAAUCGGUUCCGAUGUCGCAAGCCAAACGACACACCCCCGCCGCCGCCACUACCGCGACAUCGGACCGAAGUUUUGGGUUCAGGAACGGAAAUCCCACGUCGUUUUCUUCAGAAACUUCGCGGGAUUCGGAUCCUGGUAACGGCUCUUUGCUUGAUGAUCACGACUUUCUCCCCAAUCUAAACUCUCGUGAUUAUUUUGAUCUUGGCGACGAUUUUGGUGGUUUUCAAAACCCCACAACGAAGCAAUCUAAUACGAGCAAUAAAAGUAGUAGUAAGGGAUCUUCAUUCGAUUUGUCUUUUUUGAAUUCUGGUCCAAAACAUUCUCCUACGUAUUCCUACGUCGUUGAUGAUUUAUUUGGAGGAAUGCCCGUCUCUCAGAAUGCAAGUAACGAUGAUGAUUUUGGGUCUUUUGUCUCUUCAACGAAGCAAAAGGGCCGGCGACUUGCUGGGUGAUUUUAGUGGUGUGGCUGCGAAAUUGAAGAGAUCUAGCGGGAACGGUUCUUUUGAUUCGGCAAAAAAUGAGGCUAGUGUUGAUGAUUUGAUACCCGGGUUUGGUGGAAGCAGCCCUCCUGUGAAUAGGACUAAUGUUAAGGCAACCAAAUUAACCUUCGGAUCAUCAGAGGAACCUUUUGUCAUUUUAGACUCAGAUUUGGACUCAAAAUAUGUUUCCCCAAAAUCCCCCACAGAUCUACUGGGAGAAUUCGGCAUGCUUAAUCAAUCUGGAGGAACAAAGCCUCGUGGUUCAUCAAAUGCUUCACAACCAUUGAGGCCUCCUCCAAAACCAGCCCAAGUUUUGAAGGCUGAUAAAGUAAAGAGUUCGGGCGCAUCUCUGUUAGAUGAACUUGAAGACUUUGCGAUGUGGAGAGUGCACAAUAAGACUACUAGAUCUAAAGAAGCUGACGAUGCUACAAGAGGGACUCAACAGAAUAGAGCAGAUGAUCUGGAAUCCUUUUUUGGUGUGAGUUCCAGAUCAAAUAGUGCACCAAAGUCAAGGUCAACAACUUUGGAUCCCAUGUUUGAACAAAAUAAGCAUGACAUACAAAAAAAGACAUCUGCAGGUGCAUCAUCCACUGCAAAGAGGGCGUCUCCUGUCACUAUGACAAGUGUAAUGGAUGACCUUUCUUUUAUUUUUGGAGCUGCCACAGUAUCCGGAAAAUUCGAGGAAGUUGCUGGGGAAAGUGAAGAAAGAAGAAGAGCCAGAUUAGGCCGUCACCAAAGGACCCAGGAUCGAAUGGCUAGAGCAGUUGCUGAUAUGAACCAGCGUGAUUGUCAAUCUUUGAACGAGCAAGAAGAGAGGCGUAGGAUUGCUGAAGCUGUGGAUUUUGAGAUAAAACGCUGGGUUGCCGGGAAGGAAGGCAAUAUGCGUGCACUGUUAUCAUCAUUGCAACAGGUACUUAGGCCUGAAUGUGGUUGGGAGCCAGUUUCACUUACUGAUUUGAUAACCUCUGGCUCUGUCAAAAAAGUGUAUAGAAAGGCCACAUUAUGCGUCCAUCCUGAUAAGGCUCAGCAGAAAGGUGCCACACUUGAACAGAAAUAUAUUGCUGAAAAAGUUUUCUAUAUUCUCAAGGAAGCUUGGAACAAGUUCAACAAGGAAGAACUUUCUUAGAACCUAGAAGGUAUAGUUCAUUCGAUGAGCUGAGCUAUUUUUAUUUGUCAAUGGUUCAUUUUUGGAACUGAAGUUACGAGUCAAGCCUUCGUUGUGUUAUGAGUUUGCAAGGGCACCAUACGAACAUUGCCGUUGCUAAUUAGCGAACUUUUUAUCAAGAGAUGAGAUGCUUGUUAAGGAACCAAACUUUUUCAUGCAUGGCUGUAAAUUAAUAUGGAUUUGGGGGAAGCAAGUAGAUUCCACAAUGUUUAC